ACGGAAAUGGGGUUGCGCGAGCGCCGGGGAAAACGAAAGGCAAACAUGGCGGCGUGCGUGAUGAUGGUGAUGUUAAGAGCAGCGGGACUUGUCCACAGAAAAGCACCCCACGUCGUCAAAGUCACCCGGCCCGGGCACUUCAGGUUCGGCUUACGGCGGGCCGACGCACCGGGGCCGGGCGGCUUCCGCUCGGUUCGCGUGUACAACAGCGGACCUCGUCGCUGGACGCGCGUGACCGGCUUCCGUUCCGGCCUCUUCGGGUCCGGGUCGUCGCCCUGCCACCCAAGAGCCUUUGGGAACCGGGCGAGCGGCGCGGGAUUUACCGGGGAGGACGGCGCGGAGAGCGGCGGUGGCGGCGACUCGAGCGGCGAGGAGUCCGGCGGCGGCGGCGGCGGCGAGGACGGAGGAGCGGCGUACGCCGGAGCUCAGAUGACUGCACUGACCCCCAUGACGGUGCCGGAGGUUUUCCCCAAUGUGCCGCUGAUAGCCGUGAACAGGAACCCCGUGUUCCCCCGAUUCAUCAAGAUCAUCGAGGUGAAAAACAAAAGCCUGAUGGAGCUGCUGAGGAGGAAGGUUCGACUGGCACAGCCCUAUGCCGGAGUUUUCCUCAAGAGAGACGACAAUGACGAGUCAGACGUGGUGGAAUCCCUCGAUGCCAUCUACACUACAGGGACUUUUGUACAGAUCCACGAGAUGCAGGACCUCGGGGACAAGUUGAGGAUGAUCGUCAUGGGCCACCGCAGAGUCCGCAUCACCGGGCGUCUGGAGGUGGAGCCGGAGGAGGAGGAGGAGGAGGGGGAUCAAGAGGCGGGGUCACCCGAGUCGCAGGGCAAAGCCGCGUCGGGACGCAAGGCCAGGCGCGGCCGGCGGGAGGAGCAGACGGAGGACAAAAUCGCCCAAGCCGACCUGAUGCCCGAACUGCGGCCCCUGCCCUCGUCCGGCGUCCUCAUGGUGGAGGUGGACAACGUCCUCCACGAGCACUUCACCGUCACCGAGGAAGUCAAGGCGCUGACAGCCGAGAUUGUCAAGACCAUCCGUGACAUCAUCGCGCUCAACCCCCUCUACAGGGAGUCUGUUCUGCAGAUGAUGCAGGCGGGCCAGCGCGUGGUGGACAACCCCAUCUACCUGAGCGACAUGGGCGCCGCGCUCACGGGGGCCGAGUCGCACGAGCUGCAGGACGUCCUGGAGGAAACCAAGAUCCCCAAGCGUCUCUACAAGGCUCUGUCGCUGCUCAAGAAGGAGUUUGAGCUCAGCAAGUUGCAGCAGCGUCUGGGCCGAGAGGUGGAGGAGAAGAUCAAGCAGACGCACAGGAAGUACCUGUUACAGGAGCAACUCAAGAUUAUCAAGAAGGAGCUGGGUCUGGAGAAGGAGGACAAGGAAGCCAUCGAGGAGAAAUUUCGCGAGCGCCUGAAGGACAGGACCGUCCCUCAGCACAUCAUGGACGUCAUCAACGAGGAACUCACCAAGAUGGCGCUGCUCGACAACCACUCCUCCGAGUUCAAUGUGACCCGAAAUUACCUGGACUGGCUCACCAGCAUGCCCUGGGGCACCAACAGUGAGGAGAACCUGGCGUUGGACAGAGCCAAGGAGGUUCUGGAGGAAGAUCAUUAUGGGAUGGACGAUGUGAAAAAGCGCAUAUUGGAGUUCAUUGCGGUCAGUCAGCUGCGAGGGUCCACGCAGGGCAAGAUCCUGUGCUUCUACGGCCCUCCGGGGGUGGGCAAGACGUCCAUCGCCCGCUCCAUUGCCCGCGCCCUCAACCGCGAGUACUUCAGGUUCAGCGUGGGCGGCAUGACGGACGUGGCCGAAAUCAAAGGACACAGGAGAACCUACGUGGGUGCCAUGCCUGGGAAGAUCAUCCAGUGCCUCAAGAAAACCAAAACGGAGAACCCCCUGGUUCUGAUAGAUGAGGUUGAUAAGAUGGGCCGCGGGUAUCAGGGCGACCCCUCCUCGGCUCUGCUGGAGCUUCUGGACCCCGAGCAGAAUGCCAACUUCCUGGACCACUACCUGGAUGUUCCCGUGGAUCUUUCCAAGGUUCUCUUCAUAUGCACGGCCAACGUGACCGACACCAUCCCGGAACCGCUCCGAGACCGCAUGGAGAUGAUUAACGUGUCGGGAUACGUGGCGCAGGAAAAACUGGCUAUCGCCGAGCGUUACCUCGUCCCUCAGCUGCGCUCGCUGUGCGGUCUGAGUGAGGAAAAGGCGUCCAUCUCGCCGGAAGCGCUCGGUCUCCUGAUCCGACAGUACUGCAGAGAGUCCGGCGUCAGGAACCUGCAGAAACAGGUGGAAAAGGUUUUCCGCAAGGUGGCCUUCUCCAUCGUCAGCGGGCAGCAGGAAGUGGUCAGCGUCUCCCCGGACAACCUUCAGGACUACGUCGGCAAACCACUUUUUACUGUGGACCGGAUGUACGACGUCACGCCGCCGGGAGUGGUCAUGGGGCUGGCCUGGACCGCCAUGGGAGGCUCAACUCUGUUCAUCGAGACGUCGGUGCGUCGUCCCUCCGCCAAAGACGGCAAAGGAGAAGGUUCUCUGGAGCUCACAGGCCAGCUGGGCGACGUCAUGAAAGAAAGCGCCAAAAUCGCCUCGACCUUUGCCAGAGCCUUCCUACUGCAGCAAGAACCAGAAAACGACUUCCUGCUCAACUCUCACCUGCACCUUCAUGUUCCGGAGGGGGCCACCCCCAAGGACGGCCCGAGCGCAGGCUGCACCAUCGUCACGGCCCUGUUGUCCCUGGCGACCGCUCGGCCCGUGCGUCCGAACGUGGCCAUGACCGGAGAGGUGUCCCUGACGGGCAAGAUCCUUCCUGUGGGAGGCAUCAAGGAGAAAACCAUCGCAGCGCGACGCGCCGGGGUGACGUGCAUCAUCUUCCCGGCGGAGAACAGGAAGGACUUCUCGGACUUGCCGGACUACAUCACGGAGGGUUUGGAGGUUCACUUUGUGGACCACUACAGUCAAAUCUACCCGGUGGUCUUCCCUCAGUCCUAAGCGCUGCCUCUGGGCCGAGUGUUGUUGUUUUUUUCUCCACCGAGUCCAGUUUGGUGGGCGGCAUCGCGACUGACGUGCCGACAACGGACGAAUGGGAAGCUGCGAUGAACGCGGGAAGUGAUGUCACUGGUUUGCUGGCAGCCAGGCUGGUCGACUGUUGCUCCCUUGAUACUGGGCUGUGGACAAAGUCUCUGCUCAUUAGUCAGAUUUUUUAUUUUAUAUUGUUGUCAGUGUAUGUUUGAAUAAAUGCAAUACCAAAUGUAUGAUGGAAACAAAAUAUAAGAGUUCUAUUACUAGGCCUCCCCCUAUGCUUUUUUUU